AUGACUCACGUCACGUCGGGAAGUGGCAGGCCACCGGAUGGUGGCACACCGUCGAACUUCCAGCCCACAAAGAUGCUCACCUUCAACGUCACAGCCCCCGUCCAGGCUUCGACAGUCGACGUCACCGACGCCGUUGCCGACGUUGUCGGCCUUAACCAAGUUUAUAUGGUGCAACACCUUGGAGGCAACCGUUUCCAGGUCAUCCUGUACAACUCUGUCGCCCUGGAGCAGCUCAAUGCCCACGGUGACCUGUCCAUUUGCGGCCAGCAAGUCGCCACCGAACCCCUGAUGCCACGAGUCACCCGCGUUGCCUGCCUUCACCUGCCAGGGUACGUGCCAGACGAAUACCUUGUCCGAGCCCUGUCCCCAUACGGCAAGCUAGUGAAGCUAGAAAGACCGACCAUAACAGAUCGACCGACCGUAUGCAACGCAAUUCGGGUCGCCCACCUUGAAAUGCGCUCGGACAAACCCGUCCCAAAUUUCAUCCGCAUCCUAGAACACAGAGUCACGUGCGAUUACCCAGGCAUCAGCCGAGUGUGCAGUCGCUGCAAACAGCCGGGGCACUUCAGGCGUUCCUGCGAAGUCCCCUAUUGCCCUCGAUGUUCCAGCUUCGGCCACGCCGCCGACACGUGCACAGCCCGCUGCCGCCGCUGUGCCGGCAGCCACGCCACGACCGAUUGCGUUCGCAAGAAAUCAUUCGCCGAGGCAGUGGACGCAAGGUCACAGCGACCCGACCAGCACGUCCAAGCAACGCCUUCCGCCGAGAUGCCGGAAGUAGGGCCAAAGCAACCCGACCAGCCGGAAGCAAGGCCAAACCAACCCGACCAGCAAGCCCAAGCAAUGUCGGUAAGCUGGGCAAACCAAGAGAAUUUCCCAACUCUGGAAAAAGAGCCGAAGACGCUGGUUUUGCCACCUGUGCAGACACUGGCUCCGCCACUCGAAGAGAUGCCCCCGGCGCCCACCCACAAGACCUCCUCAGGGGACGAGGUCAACUCCAACACCACGACACCGACAUGGACACCAGCCAGCCCCACGUCCUCCGACGCAUCGAACGAGCCCCUCGUGAUCGAUGAAGACAACUUGGAGAAAGAGGAGGUUCGAAACCAGGGGUCCCCGCCGAACAGCGACACGGAUAGCCAAGACCCUCAACAAAGCAAGGACUCUCAAUCGAACACAUCCUCAUCCACUCAGCAGGGAACUACCCACACAACCACGAAGACACAACGUGCCCUCCGGGCACGCACCCCGAAGACAAAGUCAAAGAAACAAAACCCACUGGUGAGCCCUGGCUCCGAUUAGUUCCCCGUGUCACCUUCACGCACGCCUACAGUGUUUGUGCAC